AUGACCGACGAGUGCCAGGAACCAACUGAAUACGAAUACUCGAACUACCAUGUCAAGUGGCUCGGGAAAAACUACAAGCUAGGCGAUCCAACGCAUGGAACGGUCCUGGAUGCGGAUCUCGAAGACCUUGCUAGGGAGGAGCAUCUUCGUGCGAAGGAAACGAUACACGGCCAAUCUAUGAGAAGUGCCCGCGCCCUUUGUGCAUUUCAUGGUUAUGGAAGAAACUCUGUGUGGCCACCAUUUGAUCCUGGAAGGCCCACCGAAGAGCUUUUGGAAGAAUUGAGGCAUGUCAACCAGUUUGUUCAAUCGGAAUGGUCGAGAUGGAGUGAAAUCGUAGUCGGCAAAGAGCGAGAGAUCCAGGAGAUCAUCAUAAACCUCACUGAUGGAAAAGUCAGAGACCGGGAUGGGAAGAAUCUAUGCAUUCAAGACUGCCUGGAGGAAAGCUGGGAAGAGACCAGAAAUGUGUUCAAUGCCGAGUAUACCAAACGCCAUUCAAAGUCAAGACCCGUUCACAUGGAGAGUGAUUUCAGCCUGGAUCCUGAAGGCUAUAUCAACCCCAACCAUUCAAGUGAUCUCGACGAGUUUGCCCAUGAAUAUCUCCGCAACAUCAGAGUCAACUUCCACUGGAUGAACAACGGUGAACCGAAGAUACUCGAGGAAAAGAGACAGUACCCACUCUAUCGCAGUACGGCCAAUUAUCGCGACGACAGGAAGGCUAUGGAAGACGCUAUCAUGGACGAUGUCGAGUUCCGAAAUUUGAGGAAACCGAGUCCAGACCCUGCAGCAGACGCCUCCGAACUAGCCGGGUAUAAAUUGGAAGUAGAAGAUGCACUGCGAAGGCAAAGAGCUCAUUUCUUGGUCUCGCACAUCAACAAGGAAGAUCUUUCUAUCCCACUCAAUAUGCUCAUGUUCAUCCACUAUCGGGCCCGACUUCAUCCAAUUGACUUUGCUUUCCAAGAUAACAAUCGUAUGCACCUAGGAAAGCAGUCCCAUAUUUUGUCAGGCGCUUGCGAUCCUUCGUUUUAUGUCAUGUUUGUCCCAGUAAACGACCAUGAGCACGAAAAUCCAUACCGAAGAGCUUGGUGCGAACCUCGGAUUUUUUCCAAGCACUCACCCGAGAUGGAUGAAGAUAGGUUUGAGGACUUGCAAUCCGCAGGGCGCAUGUUCGGUAGCAUGGAAGCAUGGCUUAUACUGCAGUCCCAAGCUAUUACAUACCUCUUCUUGGCUGCUUUCUGCAGACAGAUGCUAGAUCUGGCAAAGCAUGAGCUGAUUACAGGCCACAUUAACCGACUCAGCAAAAAGGAGAUCCUGGAAAUUGAGAUUUCAGCAAUACAAAAGAUCAAUAUGCUGAAAGAAAAGAAGGGAGCCGAAACAAUGCAAGACAUCGCAUCCAUUCGACAAUAUGAACCAAAUUGCACCGGGUUCAACCUGCAAAGGUAUCGCACUAAGCUCAAGGACAAAAGUGCGGCGGCUGAAGAACACAUCAUGAACCUUUUUGACGACCCUGUCUACCUGACCAAAUACAUCGCGGAACAAAAGGACCAUCAUUGGACUAAUAUUGUCGAAGACUCAACGUAUCUGCCGAACGAGUACUCUCAGAGCUACCAUGAUCCAACUUUGCGUAACGUACUAUAUCGAAGUUGCAUGAGGAGUGUACUGAGAAGGGCCUUUUUCGAGUUCUUCAUAUGGGAAGCCAUUACAAAUGCCUUGGAAGAUUUUGAAACCUUCGAACAGGAGACACUCAAAGAACCACCCAAGAUGGAAGAAUUCGGGUACUUCAAAAGGACUGCUGCACCUAGACCUCAUGUUUCUGAAGGAUUUGGUACCUAUACAGCAAAAUACCUUCAAAUUCAGGAGUUGAUCCGGCACGCCGCGGCUUUCUUCAUCUUCGCAUUCCGUAAAGAAGCAAUCCAUGCCGCUUCUGAGCCCAUGCGCAACACCUACCUUACCAUUAAAAGGCCAGAAUACAGGCAGGAUUGGUUGAUCAGAGAAUACUAUGACAGCGAAGACAUUAUGCUUGACUUCCAAGAAAAGGCUUUGCACAGUGACCGAGGGGGAAAACAUCGCAUCGUGGCUGGGCUUAUUGAGAACUUCAUUUCGAAUAAGCAUUCCUCCAUGUAUGUCGGCAUCCGGAAGACUACGGAUAAAGUAAAGAGACAUAUUGAAGCCCACAACCGUGACGCUGGGCCAGAAGACAAGUUCUCAAAUCUGAUCAGCCAAACAAUCGAUGGUUUGGAUUUACUUGCCGAUGUUGCAGAGCAUCUGGAGCUUAUUCCUGGCAUGUCCCGCAAAUCUAACGAAUGGACGAAGGAGUCCGAGAAAGACUUUCGCGAGAUGGUUUCUAGGAUGCUCCAGGAGUUUUCAUCUUAUGACCUCUUUGCGCUCGACAACUGUGAUUUCCGAGACAAACAUGUCCCUGCUAAACGGACGCAUCGAAUAUUCCGCUUUCUCGACGAAUUGCAAGGAUUCGAUGUCAAAGAACAGGAGAUGAGCUAUGGCAAGGCGAAGGGCGACAUCAAGCGCUUUGGUGCAUCUCUUCUCCGGGGGCUCAUAUAUCCAUUGAAUGAAAAAGACAAUGAGCUUAUAUAUAGGCACAAAACCUGGGGCACGAGUAUCAAACCACUUUAUGAUAGAGGGAAAGUAUUCCCAGCAAAUGGACGGGCACUGGAGCGUUUGACGAAAUGCAUGGGAAUCACCAGGGAGCAAUUCACCUUUGCCGAAACUGAGCAUCCUCUCGAUCUUGAUGCCCAAGGAUCCAACCGCAUACAGAAGACCUCUGAGGAGGAUAGAAAGAUCAGAUCGGAAAUAUGGCUAACCUUCAGGGAAAGGAUGACGAAACAUCGGCAAGAGCAGAAGAAAAAGCAGGGAUAUCAGAAGAAGCGCAAUAAAGAUAAGGUACGGCCGCUGAAGCCGUCUGAACCAUACAGGGUCAGCAAGGAUAAUAAGGGAAAGGCGCCUUUACGAACGACGGGGAAUCAAUUGCGAGAAGAGAUGAAGGCGGGCGAAGAUGUAGAAAUGGAGGACGUGGGCUUUGAAGUUUCACCCAUGAAUGAUCGAACUCAGCCCCUGAAUGCACCACAGGAUAUAUUCAAUGCUCGACCGGCCCGUGUGCGUCCUCCGAGCACAUACAGGCCUCCACCUCCAAAGCCGGCACACCGUACAGAACCUGUUCUGGAUCCUAAGCUGGCACCAGACGGACUGCCCAAGGGGGAAAUCAACAAGCAUGCAUGGGAGACACUGAAGUCACUCACGUUGCGGAAAAUAACAUACACCAACGCUCAGGGCAAAAGGGUUACAGAAGAACUCCCAGCGGUGAGUUUGAACGAUGUUGAUAGUACAUUUCGCGGCGAGCUCGGGUUUCGUCUGGAAUUUGGCAAGGGUCGGCACCGUAAGUUCAUAUGGACUGAGGAUUGUGUAUGGCCAGAAUCGUGUCGGUUGAAGAAUUUCAACUUCAACCCUGACAAAAACGCGACAAGAGGCUCGGACUUGAUACAGGAAACAAUGAAAAAUUGGAGCUUAUGUUUGGAGGAUGCUGGAAUUACUUGGGGCCUUGUAAAGCAGUGGUGUACACAGAAGAAGGGGGACAAGGAGACAUAG